AUGACACGAGUAAGGGUAAAAAAGAAAUCAUUUCACGAAGAAGUUGUUAUUGACAUAGAAGAUGAAUAUGAAGGUGACAUUGAAGACAAAUAUGUUGAAGUUGAAGAUGAAAUUGAAAUUCAAGGUAAUUCUAGAUGUGAAGCUAAUGUAGAAAACGAAAAUGAUAGUAAAGAUGAGGAUUGUAACAGCUCAGCCCUUACCUUUAUCGACAUUGUUAAUCACGACCUUCUCGCCCCUCUUCCACCUCGUGGAAAUAGCGAGUUUGAAGUUGAAAAAGACGAUUAUGACAUAUUAGUUACACCUAAGGAAAGUGAUAAUGAUGAGGCAACUAGGACAAAGUUUCCAAAAUUUAAAAUACUAAAGAGUAACGAAGUUGUUAAGUUUGAGUUGGGUAUGGAGUUCAUUGCCAAAGGUCUUGUGAAUGAUGUUGUUAAACAUUAUGCUUUGGAGAGGAAGAAAAAUGUAUACUUGAAGAAAAAUGAUAAAAUAAGAAUUAUAGUGAAGUUUAGUAAGAGGAGUAGAAAUGACUGUUGGCAAGUUACGAGUUUCACUGAAAAACAUACAUAUCAUACGACCGCUAAAAAUAGGCAGGCUAACACUAAAUUUUUAGCCAAGAUGUUCAUCAAUUCAUUAAGGCAUUCCAUUGGGAUGAAAACUAAGAGCUUGAUUGUUAAGUCUAAAGAAAAAUGGGGUAUUCCAUUAAAUAGUGAUCAAGCAUAUAUGGCCAAGAAAAGAGCAAUUGAAAUGAUACAAGGGGCUGCUAGUGAUCAAUACUCACAUUUGAGGAGCUAUGCAGAGGAGUUGUGGAGGUCAAAUCCAAACAACACUGUUAUUAUUCAGUGUGAUACGAGUGAUAACGUUUCAACAAGUGUAUUGAAUUGUUGCAAGUAA